AUGAAGUUCGCCCACAGUUACGUGAGCACCCUCGAGAAUGAGGGCUUCCCUUCGCAAUGGGUGAGGUCGGCCAUCUCGUACCGCCAGCUGAAGAAGUGCAUCAAGCGGGUGCAGAGCGAGCUGCUGUCGCUGGGACUCAGUCCAGAUGUGCUCAACCGCUUCUGGCUGACUGAGGACGGCAGCCUGGCCGAUGGCGAGGGAGAUGGCAGGUUGGCCCGUGUGGGAUUUGCAUAUUCGCUCAGGGAAUGUAAAUCUUCCUCCUCCCUGCGCCCCGUUCUGACGUUCGCCAUGGGCCCGGACGAUAAGCCCCCCCGCGAACUACUUAGUUAUCCCGCCAUCGCACAAACGGACAGCAGCAGUAUCAGGUCCAACAGCACGAGCAGCAGCACCAGCAGCAGUGGCGGAAAUAAUCCCUGUACCGGUGAAUCCGAGAGCUCCUGCACCACGAAAACCGACGCGGACGGGCCCUAUCAGUCGAUCGAGAUCCCCCUCUCCUCCGACUCAGAGUUCUUCCGUCUGCUCAAAGUUGGUCUCUCCAACCUGGAGGACCUACAAGCGCACGAAAAGAAGGACCUUGACAGCCAGGUUGCCCUGCUUCGCGAAAGUAUUGUCGAAGUCACAAGCCCGGCGACUCCUACCAAAAAGGCCGAUCAAGUUGCCAUCUAUGCCUGGCGCGAAGUCUUCCGCAUCUACAUGGAGAUGCAGGUCUUCUUCUCCACAGGCGAAGCAGACUCCGGCGAGCGGUCGUCAGAGGUUGCCCGCCAGCGCCUCGAAGCCUUCCAGAAGCAGCUGGUCAAGCAGCAGCACGCCAAGAAGCUUGGGCGCAACGGCCGGCGCGCCCUUGAGAUGUUUAUGCAUAUCAACCUCGCGGUGCUGCAGAAUCUCAAGUUUCAGGAAAUCAAUGGCAUGGCACUGAGCAAGAUCCUGAAGAAGUUCGACAAGCAAACCGCGCUUCACGCGCGAUCCGCCUUUACUAAAACAGGACCGUUUUCCGCCAGCAGUCUCUCAAGGUCUGUCUGCCAGGCGAUCUCUGAGCAGAUAUUAGUAGUUGUGCCGCAGCUGGACGACUAUCUUUGCCCAGUCUGUUUCACUAUCUCCUUCAAGCCGGUCAGGCUGAGAUGCUCCCACGUUUUCUGCAUUCGGUGCCUAGUCGUCAUGCAACGCCAGCAACAGAACCACUGUCCCAUGUGCCGAGCCGAGGUUGUCAUGGAGGCAACAAGCAAAAACCUAGACCAAAAGCUGUUGACCUUCCUGCAGUCAUCCUUUCCCAAGGAAACCAAAACAAAGCAGAGGGAGAACGAGCGAGCCGCAAUGGUAGAUGUCUACGGCGAGCCUACCGACGUAUGCAACAUGAUGUAA